AGUUUGUCACACACUUUACUGGAAUAACAGGAAGCUUUUGCCAAAUUAAAGGUGGAGAUUGAAAGUAAAUGAUGACAUUGAGACGGGGAAGACAAGAUUUCUUGGAGACCCUGCAGAAGAAGUAAGCAGUGAGACUAUUAUAGGAUUCUUUAAAGUGGAAGGCGUCUGGAGACACUUGUUUGGCAGCAGAUCCGGAGUCUCAGGGGAGUCAAGAAAGAAUCACAACUUGUACAAUGCAUCUGACUAUGUGACCCUUUAAAUCUGGGAUCAUGGAGCUGCGUCCGUACCCCCGGCUUGUUCCACUGUUCCUGGGAAUUAUUUUAGGGAAUAUCCUGCAGAUCGCUGCUCGUGAAAACCAAGUUUCCUGCAAUAACUUCCAGUAUCUAGAAGAAGAACUGAACAAAUGCUGCGCGCGCUGCCCCCCAGGUCAAUAUCGGAAAGAGAAAUGUACAAUCUCGACAGAAACUGUCUGCCUGCCGUGUGGCAAUAGGACCUACUUGACAAACUGGAACUAUGCCUCUUCCUGCAGAAUAUGCUAUCCUUGCAGCCAGCACCUAGUAGAGAGAGAGCCAUGCUCGGCCACCAAGGCCACAGUCUGUGGCUGUCCAGAUGGGUAUUCCUGUAUCCAGCAUGAUGCAGUGGGCGUAUGUCAGAUCUGUACUCCCGAUGAGCCUCCUGUCUUAAAAGUGCCCGAACCGACUGAAAGUCCACCAGAUAUGAGGAUCAUCUGGAUCAUCAUUGGUGUGGCUCUUUUCUUGGUGACUGCUGUUGUGGUGAUCCUAUGUGUUAAAACAUCACUGUUGAAGAGGUUUGGUCGCAUGAUAAAAAACAGGAGAUCUUCAGAGACGACUCCUCAGUCGGAGACUAUGGUGGCUGUGGUUGUAGCAGUCCAUGGAGGUCCGGAUUCCCCUCUUUUGAAGGAGAUCAAGAUGCCCUUGCAAGAGGAAGGACCAUAUCUGAAUUAUCCUGUUGAAGAAACUGAUGCAACUCAAAUUGGAGAAUUUGCUGUAUCCAAAUAAAGUGAGCAGCGUCAGAUCUGCGGCCGCCAACCUCAAAAUCCACGUACCCCCGGGGAUAGGUUAUAGACAUGACUGAACGACAUGUAAUAUGUGUCCCCCUUCCAACUGGACUUAGCAGGUCUACACUUCCAUUUAUCCAGUGGUCAUCAUUGAAAAUUUUGGAAAACCCAGAAAUUGUAAAAUAAUUGUGUUGGGUUCUUUGUAGGAAACUUCAGCACAGACACAGGUCAGGACUGUUCUUUAUGAACCAAACCAAGAACACUCCAGGACUGUACUGUGACUGGACAUUGCUGACAGGAUCUACUGGUCCAGCUGUAAUAUUUCCUCCACAAGACAGAGAGUUAGAAAACCUGUGCAACUCCAGCCGUGAGGAGACUACAGCUCCCAUCAUAAGUUACCUAGGUGCUGAAGAUACGCUAAUUGUCAGCUAUUCACAAGGGCUAAUACCACUGGUAAGCAAGCAUAAUGCUGCUAUGCUAGUUAUAUUCAGGGAUAGUGUGCUGGUAUGCCUAUGGAUUUUACAUAUAUGUAUAUAUUUAUAUAUGUUGUUGCCUAUAGUAUGAUGAUAGUUUCGAAGACACGACAUGGGGGUUCUAGGUUUUCAGCACUUUACUGGGUGCAUGAAGCACAAACAUCUUGAAGACAUAUCGUGGAUACUAAAAGAACUUCAAGCACAUCUGUCUUGGUCCUGUGUUCACCAUAACUAAGGCUCUCCAGGCUUGAAGAACAGACCUCUGGAGCAUUUUUUGGCCAACAUCAAAUACAACGUCUUAUUUUAGUCCAUUAAGAAUUGCCUCCUUGUACCUGCAUGGUCCAGUAGACCAGUGUUGGUAGCGGCCAGCAAGGAGCAAUCGCCAGAACAUGGAUCUACUUUGGAAAUAUUUUCAAAAAAGUUUUUAAUUCCUCUUGAAGAGGUCCUCAAAGUCACGUGAUGUGAAGACCCCAUGUGUAGUGGAUGCUGAUGAUCCUCUACAGCUCAAACUGGCGCCUUACACCAACUCGCCCUAAAAGUUGGAGUAGAUGUUUUCCUAAUCUCCUAAUGAUUUCCCAGGGAAAGCUGAUUGGAUGGUAGCAAAAUGGAUAGAACAGAAUAUAUGCACGGACAUGGGAAACUCUCUGCAAAUUUUUGAAAUGCUGUACAACAGCAACAGAAAUGGUGAAGCGUGUACAAAUUUGCAUCUAAGACUUGUAAAGUUUGUUAUAAAGUUUCUCAUAUGGGGGAAAGGGGGCCCUCUGCUACACCUCCGGCCACAAAUCAUCAUACGUUUACUAGCUGCUUAGCUUCUGCACUAAAUAUGGAGAGAAAAAAAAUCGCCCUAUGGGUCAAUGAACUUUUUGAAUGCAAGUUGUAUGUGAUGAGCCAUUUCCUCUCCUAGACAUCCAUACGUUGGUCUUCUAAGGAACAUGUAAAGCAGAAUCCAAAAACUGUGAAUUGCUCUCUGGGUCACUCGGAAAAUUAGGCUUUGUUCACAUCUCUGUCGUGAAAAACAAAAUGCAAGCCCAAGACUAAUACUUUCAUAUGACGGAGCCAGACAGACUGACUACAAUGGGGUCUGUCAGGUCAUGGUGUUUGUCAUUUCACCAGACAAAAUAGCGCAAAAAUGCUGCAAUAUUUUGUCCGUGUUUCGACAGAACCUGUGGAGCUUCCGAUGCACAUGUGAACGAAACCUUUAAGAGCAUUAAAUGGGUUCCCCGUAUCUUAAAAAUAAAUCAGGACAGCUCUGUGAUCUCUGUGGUCAAACCAGUUGCUCAGGCUUUCAUAAAUAGUUUUUUUCCAGUU